UCCAACAGUAUAAAAACCUCGAUACACUGGGCCAUGGGCUGCAUGCUAUACAUGAAAGCAGUCUUGAAUACUCUGUAUUAAAUCUAAGGUCAAAAUAAUUUAAGUAUGAGGAUCACACAGUCACUGCUCACUUCAUCCUACAAGCGGCUGGCAGCUGCUGUUUAUGGAGUAUCCAAAAAAGAUGUGAGGGUUGCGCCCCCGGCCCCAGUACUCACUCAUGGUUGUGGUGGAGACUCAGAAGGCCAGUCUCUCGCAGUGAAGGUGGGAGAGGAUGCCUGUUUUGUUACUAGCAGUGGAGAGAACAGGCAAAUAUUAGGUGUUGCAGACGGUGUGGGGGGGUGGAGAGCUGAAGGAGUAGACUCUUCCCAUUUCUCAUCCGCACUCAUGAGUAGCUGUGCUAACGUAGUGAGCAAGCAACUGGUGGAUAUGGACCGACCAGUGGACAUUCUGACCAGAGCAAUGAGAGAAUCACUGUGGCUCAAAUCAAACACAUAUGGAAGCAGCACUGCUUGUCUGCUCUCCCUCAACUGUCAGACGGGACUACUCCACUCUGCCAAUCUAGGGGACUCUGGUUUCCUUAUUCUGAGACACGGGAAGGUGGUGUCACGAUCGAGAAAUGUCCUCCACCAUUUCAACUGUCCCUACCAACUCAGUAACCCACCACCCGGUUUCCGCCUCAAUGCUCUCUCAGACAGUCCUAACAGAGCCUCACAGUCCACCUUUCAGCUCCAAGGAGGAGACUUACUAGUGGCAGCUACUGACGGCCUGUUCAGUAACAUGUAUGACGAUGAUAUUGCAAGACACUUGGCAGACCUUGAGACUCCGAAUACUGAAGAGUUGACCAGUGCAGUAACUAGCCUGGUGGAGAAAGCCCUCUCCCUCUCCAGAGAUCAGAACUACCUUUCUCCUUUCGCACGAGACGGCUCACAGGCAUUAUCUUGGAGCUAUGUCGGGGGAAAGAAAGAUGACAUCACUGUGAUUCUGGGGACAGUAAAGGAAGAAGACGAACUAAAACAGGCAGACUCAGCAUAUGCAUAGUUAAUUUUAAUUUUCUACAUUUUAUCAUUUCAGGCCAUUCAUUAUAAUUAUACGCAUUUUUAAAUUCUUAAUUAAUUUUGAGUCAUAUGCAUCAUGAUUAUUAAAUACCAAUCAAUGCAAGGUAUAUGCAAAUCAUUGCAACUAUAGAAUUCAAUCACUUCUGUCCUAACUGUUUCAUCCUUCUUUCUUCUCUUCUGCUUCAAUCUCUUUGAGAAGUGCCUUUGCAUUCUUGUCUCUGUCAGCUGCCAGUUUGUACAGGUUCCUUAGCUAGCCUUGGCUUUGUUCUUGGUUACCCCCAGACCAUUGUAGUACAUGUUGCCAUGGUUCACCUGCAUAAUU